AUGCUUCAAACUGUGGGCCAGUUCAAUGGGAUGCAAACAGAUGAUCAUCACCUUCAUCAUCCCUUGUUCAAUGAAGUGUGUGAUUCUUUCAAGUUGCCCAGAUUUACAAAGGAUGCCCUGAGAUUGAAGUUAUUCCCAUACUCCUUGAGAGACAGAGCAAGAACUUGGUUGAACUCUUUGCCUUCAGAUUCUGUGACUACUUGGCAAGAGUUGGCUGAGCGGUUUUUGAUGAAGUACUUUCCUCCCACUAAGAAUGCCAAGCUCUACAAUGAGAUUACUUCAUUUGAACAACUUGAUAAGGAAUCUUUAUAUGAGGCAUGGGAGCGGUUUAAGGAGUUGUUGCAAAAAUUCCCUCAUCAUGGCAUUCCUCAUUGCAUCCAGAUGGAGACAUUUUAUAAUGGUCAAAACGCCCAUACUAGAAUGGUAGUUGAUGCUUCGUUGAAUGGUAGAAAGGUGGCUGGCAUUCAUGAUGUAGAUGCCAUCACUUCCUUGGCAGCCCAAGUUUCCUCUAUUUUGAAUAUGCUCAAGAAAAUGAACAUGGGGAUGAAUCAAUCAAUGGGGCAGCCUAUGGGGACACAAAUGGGGCAAAUGGAGAACAUUUCUUGUGUGUAUUGUUGUGAUGGUCAUACUUUUGACAGCUGUCCUUCCAAUCCAGUAGCUCUAAGUGGUAUCAUUGAGGAACUUAAUAACCAAGUUGGGCAACUAGCUAAUGAGCUUAGAAAUAGACCCCAUGGUGCAUUGCCAAGUGAUACCGAGAAUCCAAUAAAUGUGGGCAAGGAACAUUGUAAAGCCAUCACUUUGAGAAGCGGGAAAGAGUUGGAGAAUACAAAGAUAAAUUCAGGGCACGAUGGUGAGCCCUCUUCAAUCCAAAUAAAUGAGGAAAUCCAAAAAGAUGCUGAAAUUCAUAGUGUACAAAAAUCCGCCUCUGCCCAGAAUGCUGCAGGAAUGCGGCAACAUAGUUGCCCAGACAUCUCAAUUUCAAAGCAGCCACCUCCAUUUCCUCAGUGUUUUCAGAAGUAA